GUUCGACUCCAAUACCUAUUCCAGACGGUAGGGGGCAGCAUCGGUGAAUGAUAUCUUGUGACUUUAACGUAGAGCAAGACGCGCUCGCUGCGGCUUUUUCGGUUGUAUCUGCUGAUCGGCUGUAGGGACUUCGUACGGUAGGUGGAGUUCGCUUUGCUUUCUGCUCCGCGGGACCAGGCUUCUGCUGCGAUGUUGAAACAGAGCUGAAAUUACAAACUUUCUGAGUCUGAUACAUCAAAGCAGUGGGUGGCAGCUGUUGUUGUGAAAUUCUUUCCCUGAGUAAGAUGGUUCUUAAAGCUAACCUCAAAGGCUAUAAGAAGGCAUGGAGCUCCACAAAUCUGUGACCUUGUGGAUGUUUUUCUUGUGCUUGAUUGGAGAAAGCAGGACUGAAAAACAACCGGACGGUCAAGCAUCCGAUAAUGGUUUGACAGAUUUUUGCCGCUUCGACGAGCCGCUCUGCAAAGACGAGAACGCUCGCCUGAGCUUCGAGGCCAUCCGCAGCAUCCAUAAGCAGAUGGAUGAUGACGCUAACGGCAACGUAGACAUAGUGGAGACAGACGGCUUCCUCAGAGAGGAUCUGAACUACCAUGACCCCAAGGCUAAGCACAACACUUUCCAUGGUGAUGACCAGUUCAUCAGUGUAGAAGACUUGUGGAACGCAUGGAAAGGUUCUGAAGUGUAUAACUGGACAGUGGAUGAGAUGGUGAAAUGGCUCAUCACUUGUGUAGAACUACCACAAUACGUGGAUGCAUUUCGGAAGAUGAAUUUUAAUGGGAGUACAAUGCCACGGCUUGCUGUAAAAAACACCACCCUGACUCUGUCUAUUCUGAAGAUUUUGGACCGCAGCCACGUGCAAAAAUUACAGCUAAAAGCCUUAGACACCGUGCUUUUUGGAGCACCUUUGAUGAACAGGCAUAACCACUUGAAGGACUUCAUGCUGGUUGUGUCAAUAGUAAUAGGAAUGGGAGGCUGCUGGUUUGCCUACAUACAGAACCGCUACUCAAAGGACCACAUGAAGAAGAUGAUGAAAGAUCUGGAGGGCCUGCAGAGAGCUGAGCAGAGUUUGCAUGACCUGCAACAGAAGCUGCAGAUCGCACAAGAGGAGCACCGGACAGUUGAGGUGGAGAAGGUGAACCUGGAACAAAAGCUGAGGGACGAGAUCAACGCCGCUAAGCAAGAGGCCUCGCGGCUCAGGGAGCUCAGAGAAGGAACUGUAAACGAGCUGAGCCGCCAAAAGUACGCAGAGGAGGAGCUGGAACAGGUACGUAUGGCCCUGAAAAAAGCAGAGAAGGAGCUGGAGUCCCGGUGUAGCUGGUCACCACCCGAGUCUCUCCAGAAGUGGCUGCAGCUCACCCAUGAGGUGGAGGUGCAGUACUACAACAUCAAGAAGCAAAAUGCAGAACGGCAGCUUCUCAUGGCCAAAGAAGGGGCAGAGAAGAUAAAGAAAAAGAGGAACACUCUCUUUGGGACUUUCCAUGUGGCUCACAGCUCUUCUCUGGAUGAUGUGGACCACAAAAUCUUGGCAGCAAAACAAGCCCUCAGUGAAGUGACAGCCGCCCUGCGGGAGAGGCUGCAUCGCUGGCAGCAGAUAGAGUUCCUGACGGGCUUUGCCAUCGUCAACAACCCCGGCCUCCCCUCGCUGGUGUCGGCCCUCAACCUCGACCCCAGCUUCAUGGGCGGCAGGGCCACACCCCAGCACUUCCCCAUGUCCGACGACAUGGAGGAGCUGGACGACUGCGUCAUGCCUGGAAUUCUACAAUAUGGCGGCCAACAUCUGGAGCGGCGAGCCAGUGACUUGUGGUCCAUUUCUUCAGAGUGUCCCAUGAGGAAAUACCGUGCUCCCAGUAUGGUGUCUCUGCGCAAAUCCCACAUUGACCCCCAGCUGGCUUUGGGCUCCCAGAGGGACCUAAACCGCUCCGACUCAGACUCCUCCCUUUCCCUCUCCCAAUUCGGUGACCGGUUUUGCGCCACCAGCCCCAGAGGCCACCACGUCAAGCCCGUUUCUUUCAUGCACGGCCACGCGGACGACACGGUGUCGCUGCACGCCUUCAGCCACAACGGAGGAAACCGCAUCCCGGAGGAAGGCGCCAAAGAGACCCUCUGCGACAGCCCCAUUCUCAUGAAGAAAAUUUCCGACAUGGAGAAGUCUCCCAGCCUGGGGGACAUCCACAGCUAUUCAGAGUCGUCCCGCUCUUUCAGUCCUAACUCUACCGAACCCGACACGCCAUCGCCACCAGGAGGGCAGAUCGGGAUCAUAGGGGCCAAAGGCAGCACCCGCAUCCCACAGUUAUCCUCCAAGAAGAGUCCUCUGGAGGAAGACAGCGGCUCGACGGGGGACGACACGGAUUCCAACGCCAGCCGCAAGAAACUCCCCUUCAAGAUCUUUAAGAAACCAAGAAAUAAGAGCUCCAACUAAAGGAAGUUUGAGCUGCUUGACUGUAUUUCCUGUCUAGUCUGUUGGUGUCUUGAAGUCUCGGGCGUCAGUUUUGGUCAAACGAUGGCACACUUUGUUACCAUUUAGUUGUAGGUUCCACCUACUUUGUGGGAGCAACCAGCUGUUCUUCUCGAGCUGCUUAUGGGGGGGACGAGGAGAAAGGGGCAGAACUGUACAUUUGAAUGAAUGUAAAGUAUUAUUUAUUCCUGCAGGUUGAACAGUUCCUCCUCUCAGUUGUUUUCUUUCUCAUUCGGAAAGCUAUAACGAUUUUUGCAUGUCUUCACUUUGGUUUGACUGCUAUGCCAAUGCUCGUGGUGUUUGUUUGUUUUUUUGUUUUCUUUUUGUUUUGUCGAUAACCUGCUUAGAAAAACAACACUCGAUGUUACUUUAAUAUGUACUACCUAUUCUACAAAAACUGUACGUGUACUUCCCGCUUUCCCCCCUUUCCUUUUUAUCUUCUUUGAUGGGUACAAGCUUUUGUUUCUUUGCGUUGGAAGAAAAAUGAAAAAUUCAGGGGAACUUUAAGGAGAGCAGUGAUAGUAAAAAAUAAAUAAAAACUUAACUGUAAUAGUAUUAUUUAAACAUUGACUUGUUUAUAUGGGUAAUCUAAAAAGCACACCAUUUUGUAAAGAUGACAGCAGAACAAUCAAAAAGAAGUUUUAUGUUUUUCACUCUACUGUUUUGUUUAUUUUAUGAGCAAUUUUUGCAUUUAAAAGGUAUGUCAUUAAACUUGCAUGUAGGAAUCUGAAAUAUUUGGGCGAGAAAAAAAAAAAUCCUGAAAAUUAGUGAAAUUCUUUCUCUUUUGUUUUUAAAUUCUCCAACAUUUUUUCAGUUUGUGCGAGAAACUCAAAUUAGCAUCCUCUCUCCCUCAUGUAGCCGUUCACGUUUUACUUUCAAGUCAUAGGUGAGUAAUGUAAAGCUGCACAGCAGGUUGUCGGUAAGGGCUACAGUUACAGAGAAAAUCUUUUGUGCAAGAUAAACAAAUCUAGUUUAAACCACUUCAGUUUUCUCAGAAGUUAUGGAAAAAGAAAAAGUCAGUUAACAAAAAAAAGUGCCAAAUUCUUGCCUUUGUCAGAGGCCUUUGUAUCUGUCGUGCGUCAAACCCCUUGAGCCGAUUUUUAAAAAAGUGCAACACGACCAGUACUGUAUACUUCAUUGCCGAAUGUCCAAGGGUAAUUUUCUUUUUUUCUGUAACGGUAUCGUCAGUAAAGCUUGUUUACAUUUGUUGCAGCUGAUUCCUGUCUUUGGGUUUCAAUUGAAAAAGGAUCUCGUGCCAGUUUUAUUGAGAGUUGCUUAACUGAAGCACAAAACUAUGCAUAUGUAGUAGUAGGCUUUGUAGUAUUGGACGCCGGUACUUUAAGGGUGCUCCUGGUGAAUGAACAACCAAAAAGUGCUGCAGAAGACUCCACACUGCAUCAUAAUGUAACGGAUGGUCAGAAUGUAACGGACACAUUUAAGAAACCAGCCAGAAAAAAAAACAAAAAAGACAAAAGUUUCCUACUACCGUACUUUUUUUAAACUUCUUUGUACCAUUUUUGCACGACAGCUGUAACACAGUGUGUGUGUGUGUGUGUGAGAGUGAGUGACCGUCUCCUCCCGGUAUAAUGCACUGUAAUGUUGAUGCAUGUCAACUGUCCUAAUGAAACCUGUGGCGGGUUAAAAAUGGAGUUCAAGGCUCUCUGACUUAUCGCUUCUUUCCGAGCUUCUAUUUAAAGAUACGAGCAAGUAUAUUUGUACAGAGAAAAUAAUUUUGCAUCUACUGUGGUGGUUUGGACUUUAAUGGCACUCCUGCAUGAAAGCAAUAAACUAUUUUGAAUGAA